UGAAAAUCAAUAGUCUAGUCACUUACAGUAACGAUUUUUGGGCUGACUUCUGAGCAUAAAUGUUAUCCUACGUCUGCACGUCUGUUCUUUCAAUCAAAAGUUAUUACAGGGUCUUUUGAUAACCUACUCAUCAUCUCUUCGACACGGGAAAACAGAACUAUUAUGUUACUAUCAUCUUUGAUUUUUGUGAACAUUUCGAUUUCGCUAUUAGCAGCGGCAGCUGCUAUCGACCCUGAUGCUCGCCAAAAUUAUUAUCUAGAAGACAAAUCUAGAAGUAAUGAUGAUGACCAAUUUUGUACACCUCAAGGACAUCCAUAUCGAAAUUACCUCGUCAUAUGCGAACAGGACCAAAGCGUACUGUCAGAUGUUGAUUGGGUGUCACUCAUUUAUGAUACCCCGUUUGGUGAUGAUGUAGCCGACAUCUUGGACUUAUCAUAUGCGAGAGAGAAGGACAUAUCCAGCGAAAGCCUUCGUGAAUUACGCUCUCGCCGCCUGAAUAUGGAGCCCAUACUUGACGAAAUAAAAGACCUCAUAUGUCCGAACAUCGCAUGGCACCUGGAGGAUCUUUCCAAUGUUAAUGAUGGAUGCCAAAAUUCUUUUCAUACUCCUUUAGUGAGGAUAUACGCAUUAUUUUUCGUGUCCUUACUGUGCGCAUACCUCUUUCUGGGAUCUCUAGCAGCAACAGAGAAAGAUGCUAUCGCCCAAAGCCAGAAAGAAAGAAUACUGGAAAGCCAAGCAAAGGUUGAGAGGGUGAUAUUUGCAUGUGAACCUACUGCAUUCUCGACAAUAAAACGAGAUCUGUUAAUGUAUUAUAAUCUCGAUUAGUUCAUUUGGUUCUUAUUUCCUCUCCGUUUUCGUUUUUCGAU